ACAGUUGGCUCACAAGUUCAUUGACCCAGAAGAAGGUAAAGUGGAUGAAAGUUUUAAACUUCUAUCAACAAGAAUGGAUCGUGUUUAUAAAGCAGUGGCAGAUGCUGAAGUAGAAAAAGUAAAAGAAGUCCUUCCACCUCAUUAUAGAUAUCUCGAGGACGAAAAUUUCAAAGUAAAGAAAAUACGAAGACUGUCACAGCCCAUUGUCUCACCGUCUACAAGAAUGUUAAAUAGUGCUUUAGAUGAGAAGAAAGCUGUAUUAAAACCUAUCCCACCAUCACUAGAGAGGCAGUCAACACUGAAUGGAAUAAAGGAAGUGCCAGUGAAUCCAGUUAUAAUAGAUCCAAAAACCAAGAAGUUACACGCCAUCAAUCCAUUGAAAUAUUUCCCUUUUAUGUCACAACAAUUUUUAAAAGAUCAGUAUGAAAAAUUUAAACAAUAUGACAUAAAUGGUGACGGAACACUAGACUUAAAAGAGAUGAUAGAGAUAGUAAAGGAGUUAGGAUUUGACUUUAACGUUCAUCAGCUACAGGAAGCUAUGGAAGAGGUUGACCGUGACGGCAAUCAUUGUAUUGACUUCUUCGAAUACAUGCUCAUCAUCGAUAACAUCUACCGGAAAAGAGGUAUUGAAGUAUUUGCUAAUAAGUGGAGAAAAUGUAAAGGCGGCUGGAAAGCUCCGUCAGUAGAGCCUCGGAAUGAUAUUCCCGGGUUCAAGUCCCAAUCAGGCAACACAUAUUCUCACAGUCACCCUGUGACAUGA